UGUUCCAAAGCUAAAAACCUUGAGGUUAACCAACUUGUCUUGUCUUAUGGAGAUUGGCUUUGAACAUGACGCAAUUCUUCAAAGAAUAGAGUCAUUGCUUUUAGAGAAUUGUCCUAAAUUGGAUAAUAUAGUACCUUCAGAGAAGAAAAUACGUUUCAAUUUCUUGACCAAUUUGGAAGUGGUAGAGUGUAAAUGCAUGAAAUAUGUAAUGACACUUUCAACAGCUAAAAGCUUGGGUCAACUCGUCAAAAUGAAGAUAACCAAUUGUGAAUCUCUGAAGGAUAUUAUUGUAUCAGAUCGUCAAAUAGUAGAUGAAGUCAAUGAACAGAGCAGGACUAAUAAUAAGAUAGUUUUUAAACAAAUGAAAGCUCUUGAACUUGUAUCUUUGAAGAAUCUUAAAAGUUUCUGCAGUUCCAAGAUUUAUUCUCUUGAGUUUCCAUUAUUGGAGAAAUUCGUGGUGAGUGCUUGCCCCAAAAUGGAAAAGUUCUCUGAAAAAGAAAUCAAAACCAUGCCAACAAUUAUGCAAAAAGUGUAUGUUGUACGUGAUGAAGAGAAGAGAUUGUGCUGGAAUGGUGAUUUACGAGCCACAAUAGAACAUAUAUACAAUAAGAAGAAAUAUUAUGAAGGUAUGGACAAAAUAAGUGUUUCCGAGCAUUCGGUACUUGAAGAAGGCUGGAAGACUGAAAAAGCUCUUGACAAAGGUUGGUUUCACAGUUUGAAGACUUUGACGUUGGAAAGGUGUAAAUUUGAAUCAUUUGCAAUUCCAUCGUUUGUUCUUCGAUGUUUGAAGAGCCUAAAAGAAUUGGAAGUGCGAAAUUGUAAAAACAUCACAUGCAUUUUUGAAAUGAAUGACAUCAAGGGAACAUUCCAGUUGGAGAAGCUCACUUUGGAAGAGCUACCAAAUGUGACUCACGUUUGGCCCCAACAGGAUAAACAAAAUGACAGCCGCUUUCGAAAUCUGCAGCAGGUGUCUGUCAAGUCUUGUAGAAAACUGAAAGCCUUGUUUCCUGUAGCCAUAGCUACAAAUCUUAAGAUGCUUGAGCAACUUGAAGUACAUUUUUGUGAUGAGCUGCGAGAAAUUGUUGAGAAAGAUAGCGGUGGAGGUGGUGAAACAAAAAAGUUUGUGUUUCUUUAUCUAACACGGUUGAGAUUGUAUAACUUGCCGCAACUCGCUCACUUUUAUGAUGGAAUGUUCACUUUUGAGUGUCCAGAGUUAAACAUUUUGUAUCCGUUCAACUGCAACAAAUUUGACCUAUUUCAGACACCACAAGGAAAUAGCCCUCCAAUUACUAGACCACCCCUUUUCUCAAAUAUAAAGGACAUUUCCAAGGUGAAAACUUUGAGCAUGAAAUCGAAGGACACUUGGGUGCUAAAGUCAUGGUUACAGCAGUCCGAGGAUCUUGAACUUGAAUAUUUAAGGGGACUAAUGUUAACCUUUGAUGAUGAUGUGAAUAAUGAGUACUCUACUUUGCAGUGUGAAAUACUUGGGAGGCGGACACCCAAGUUACAGAGAAUGGGCAUUAUGAAUUCCACAAGCCUCAAGAAGAUAUUGUUCCCCCAUCAAAAUCCCAAGUUCCUUGAACACUUAGAGUACUUGUCCCUAAGCUGCCUAUUUGAGCUAAGCUCCAUUGGCGGGUUAGACUGCUUGGCAAAGCUCCAGGAAUUAAUUGUUUGGCGUUGUCCACUUUUGAGGGCAAUAGAGCAAUAUCCAACCAAUCUGAAAAAAUUGAAUGUGGUUGGAUGUCAUGGAUUACAGUGUUUGCUCACAUCCUCUGCAGCAGGAAGCUUAAAGCACCUUGAGGAGUUGUACGUUUAUGAUUGUAAAUCAUUGAAAGACAUAGUGCAAAAAGAGCAAGAUGAUGAAACAGCCACAGAAGAGAUCAUCUUUGAGCAGCUAAAGCGCAUAAGUCUUCAACAUUUGAGAAGCCUGGAAUGCUUUUAUCAAGGCAAUGCUGCCUUGAAGUUACCCUCUCUCGCUCAGGUGAAGAUAUGGAUGUGCUCCAAGAUGACCAUCUUCUCUCAACAAUUGAGAGAUGAAGAUCCUUCAAGAAAAAUCCAAGCUUCUCUCUACGAACCAGAUGUUUCGGUCUUCACCAUCUUCUCUGAACAAUUGAGAGAUGUAGAUCCUUCAAGAAAAAUCCAAGCUUCUCUCUACGACCCACAUGAUUUGGUCUUCGAAUUUUCUCAAGAGGUUCUCAACGUUGUACUAGGAAAGCAGUUCUUAUAUCAGACAGCUUUAUUUCUGAAUAAUUAUCCUGAACUGGAAGGGAAAUGGGUUGGCUCAUCAGAAAUCCCAGUUGAGUGGUCUUUUAUCGGUUUAAAAUAUUUGGAGGUGGAUGGUUGUGACUUUUUAACAAAUGCAGUUCUCCCAUCUCAUUUACUUCCUCUUCUAAGUAAUUUGGAACAGCUGCAAGUGAGGAAAUGUAAACAUGUUGAGGCAAUAUUUGACGUGAAAGAUACAUCAGCAAAACAUGAUGAUCCUGUUACAUUUCGCCUGAGGACAAUUGUUUUGAAAGAGCUUCCAAGUAUGAGGCAUGUUUGGAACAAUGAUCCCAAAGCAAGUCCCUUCAGCUUUCCAUUUCUGGAGGGAGUUGGUGUUCAGGAAUGUAAACGAAUAAAAAAUCUGUUUCCAGCAUCAGUUCCCAGAGACUACCUAAGGCAUUUAGAUGUGAGAAAAUGUGGGGAGUUAGAGGAGAUUGUUGCAAAAGAUGAAGCAUUUCCCCAAGAUGCAAAUAAUAAAGAGAUUGAUAUGUUAUUCCCCCAAUUGACCUUUAUGGUGCUAUGGGCUUUGCCAGAGCUGAGAUGCAUUUGUUCUGGAAUGCAGAAUUUGUUAGAUCAGUCUGUUGUCUUAACAAGAUUAUACGUUUUUAGUUGUCCAAAGCUCAAAGCUUUUGCAGCAGAUAUUCUUAAUUCAUAUCCAGGGGGUGAAGAUUGUUUUGCAACUGAUGAUGACAAACACAGCUUUGUUUCUUCUGCACAGAAGGUUAUUACAUCCACUUUUGAGGAACUGGUGCUGAGUAAGGAAGAUGUUACAAUGAUUGAGAAGGGACUACUUCAUGUGGACCUCCAAAACUUAAAUUACUUGGGACUGGAUAGCUUCAAUGAUAAUGAAUCAGAUGAAUUUCCAGAUGUUUUCUUUUCCAAGGUGUCACUACCGAAAUUAACGGAGAUUCAGCUGGUAGAUUGCGCCUUUAAAGAUAUAUUCCGUCCAAAAGGGCCUGACAUUGAUUAUUCCAAAAUCCUCUCGCAGCUUAAAUAUUUGGAGAUUAACAAACUACACAACCUCUAUUCGAUGGGGUUUGAGCACCUCUGGAUGGCCCCCCUUCUUGAAAUGCUAGAAACGUUGAAGGUUUCGGAAUGCAACUUGUUGAAAAAUUUGGCAGCAUCAUCUGCCGUGUCUUUCUUCUAUCUCACUCAACUGAAGGUAGAGAAUUGCGCAAGAUUGAAAUAUUUGUUCAAAUCUUCAACUGCCAAAAGUUUGGGUGCACUGCGAGAAUUGUCCAUUACCAAGUGUGAAUUAUUGGAGGUAGUAGUGGCUCAUGAAGAGGGAGAUAAACCAGAAGAUAUGAUACUAUUAAGUAAGCUUGGUACUUUGUCUCUCAACGAGUUACCAAAACUUGAAAGCUUUUACACGGGGAAUUCAACUUUGUAUUUCCCAGGGCUAUGUAGUAGUUUAUUGUGCACGAUCACUAAGUGCAAUAAGAUGAAGACUUUCUCUCAUGGCGACGUGCUACCCAAGUUUAUGCAAGGGAAAAUAGAUGAAGACCCUUGGCAUGGUGAUCUGAAUGCCGCAGUCCAGAAACACUUUCAGAAAGCAAGCAUUAUCACAACUACUUACCCCUGGACUUAUAUGGACUUGUUGCCUACUGAGAGAAGCUUAUUGUUGCUUUCAUUCAUCACGCUGGCCCAGAGUGCUAAUAGUACACUCAAGAAGAAACAGCGCAGAACACUUGAAUUGCCAGUGAGUACGGCUCAGUGUCCCCCGGAAUACAAUGAGAAUGUAACUGGAUAGCACCAUGGUGGCAACUACUAAUGGAAGGAUUUUCUUUUUCGGCCGGAGUGUAGUGUGCAUGAAUAAAUUACCUGUGUUUCUGCAGGAAGUGUGAAAGGAAUAAUCUUGUAUUACAGUAGCUAGAUGUGUGUGAUCUUUUUAAUUGCAGAAAGGAUUGUCAUAAAUAAAUUGUACCUGUAAUUUUACAGGAGGUGUUUAUGUUUUUUUUUAGAAUAAAGAUGAUAUGUAUGUUCACAUACAUGGAGUUUGUAUUGUUUUAAAACUGGAGGUGUGUUUUAAUUUCAGCAAUAAAGUUCACGUGUUAUUUCCUCAA